CAGAGGUCAGACAGUUCAGCGCGUAGGCCAUGGUGCAGCUUCGGCCGCGCGCGUCUCGCGCCCCAGUGUCCGCGGAGGCGAUGGUGGACGAGGGCCAGCCGGCCUCGGAGGAGGAGGCGGAGCACGGGCUGUUGCUCGGGCAGCCCAGCAGCGGCGCGGCCGCCGAGCCGCUAGAGGAAGACGAGGAGGGAGACGAGGAGUUUGACGACGAGGCCCCGGAGGAGCUGACUUUCGCCAGCGCCCAGGCGGAAGCGAGAGAAGAGGAGCGGCGAGUGCGGGAGACCGUGCGCAGGGAUAAAACGCUCCUGAAGGAGAAGAGGAAGCGACGCGAGGAGCUGUUCAUCGAACAAAAGAAAAGAAAACUCCUUCCAGACACUGUUUUAGAGAAGUUAACCACAGCUUCCCAGACUAACAUAAAGAAAUCGCCAGGAAAGGUAAAAGAAGUUAAUUUGCAAAAGAAAAAUGAAGACUGUGAAAAAGGAAAUGACUCCAAGAAAGUUAAAGUACAGAAAGUACAGUCUGUCAGCCAGAAUAAAAGCUACCUGGCUGUCAGGCUGAAAGACCAAGAUCUGAGAGAGGCAAGACAACAAGCAGCGCAAGCCUUCAUCCAUAAUUCUUUAUAUGGGCCAGGAACUAACAGGACUACAGUAAAUAAGUUCCUGUCUCUUGCUAACAAGAGGUUACCAGUAAAAAGGGCUGCUGUCCAGUUUUUGAAUAAUGCUUGGGGAAUCCAGAAAAAACAAAAUGCCAAGAGGUUUAAAAGACGGUGGAUGGUCAGAAAGAUGAAAACUAAGAAGUAAAUCAAAGCUAAAUGAAGAAUCUUGUUCUUGCCACAGUCUCUCCUUAGCUGUUCACUCAUUGCUUGCAGCUCUCGUCCAAAGUGGAUCAUUCUUUCUAUGGCGGCCUGACUUCCUCCACACAACUGACGUCUCAACUGACUCGAAUCAACUUCUGUAAGAAAAACAGACAAGUAUUCUACCACCUUAUGGAAUGUAGUAUAAUGAAGACAUGAACACAUAUUUCUUAUAACAUUUUGUACAUUUAGUAACUAUUCCCUAGUAUUUCAUCUAAACGCGCAGAUUAUUAAAAAUUCAUUUUCAAUUUAAUAUGAAACUGCAGCUAAAAAAUAUGCUUUAUUUAGCACUCAAGAGUCUAGGAUCCAGUAUUUAGCAUGAAGUUGAGAGAGGACAACCUUUCAGUGUUAGAGUAUACUUAUGUCAGAAAAAAUUUUAGAAAAAGUGUAAUUCCCUAAAACUGUAUUAAGCAACAUUAAAAAAAAAAAAGUUAAUAAUGCCUCUCAGGCUGCCUUAACUGACAUAAUAGAGGUAAAAAAUGUUCCUGAAAGCUAACAGAAGCGAAAUGACUAUGAUAAAAAUACAGAAGACAGCAUAUUAUACUAAUAGAAAAAAUUAAAUGCAUUGCUUUUAGAAAAAUACCACUUUGAGAAAAUAGUUUUAUAUAUCUUGAUUGACAACCAAAUAAUUUAACUGUAUAAAUUGCUAAUAAUAUAUAAAUCAUGAAUAAUGAAGCAGGUAAUGGUGAUGAUGAUGGUAUUUCCCAAGCAGUUUGUGCUAUUAGCUUUUCAGAUUAUUCAUUUUCUUUGCACAAUAACUUAGGAAGUUGUUAUUAUUAUAUCCAUUUUACAGAUGAAGAAACAUACACAGAGUAGUUAAGUAAUUUUUCCAAGGUCACAAAGCUAGUAAUGGCAGUAGCAGAAAUCAACUCUAGGUAAUCUGGCUCUAGAACUCCUGCUCUUUAUCACUAUACUUAAACUACCCUUUGGAAACUGAGAUGGCUGAUACUGAAGAGUAAAACAAAGCUGCAUUUCUUUUUUAAAAAUAAUUUUAUUAAUACCGCUCCAUCUCAAAAUAAUAAGAAAUCUAAUGCUGCCGUGGAAUUCCAACAAAUAAAUAAUCUGUAAUUUUCAUUCUCCAUUUGAUGGGAUAGUUUGCUAAUGGGACAAUUUACAAUACAAGUUGUCUACAAAAUAAAAUUAUGCACGCUAA